GAAGUGAGUUUUUUGGGAUGCUGUGGUCAAACCAAUCGGUACUCAGAUUUGAAUAUUGGCACCUGGUGUGGCCACUGAGGAUAUGGACACGCCUCUGAGAACUCAGGGGAUAAAAGCAGAGAACUGCCAGGAGAAAGUUCUCUUGGUUCCGGUUAGUGAAGAGUCCAGACCUGCCCUGCCCAGCUGCGGGCUGGGCGGGGGAGGGGAAGCCAUGUGGCCGGGAUGAGUUUUGUUGAGGCAUUGCCACUCAUCUGGGAGACCCUCCCUUCAAAAUGACUUCUGGAGUCCCAGAGAAGAGCUCGACACCUCAUCUUUUGUCCAGGAAAGAUUGACAUCUUUUACUUUUCCUCAGGUGGUGAAGGUCUCCAUGGAGAGCUCCUCUUACUUCCAGCUCACGUGCUCCAGCGAUGUGUUCCGUGUCGUGCCGCCGGGCGCCUCUGCCCCUGUGCGCAUCCACUUCAGCCCCGGCGAGAACAAGGAUUAUUCCCAUGAGCUCAUCUGUGUCACUGAAAGGGAAAGGAUAGUUGUGCCAAUUCGGGCCAUUGGUGCCCGAGCUAUCCUGGACUUCCCUGCCCAGCUGGACUUCUCCAAGUGUCCGGUCAAGUGCAGCACCCAGAAGACUCUGCUGGUCUGCAAUGUCGGAAACCAGGCAGCUCGUUACCAGCUGAGCACCCAGAGUCCUUUCUCCAUGUCACCAGCCAUAGGAAUUCUGGACGCUGGUGACACCAUGCAGGUGACAGUGGGAUUUCACCCGCUGACCACCGGUGACCACUGCGGGUCCCUGGCAGUGUGCUGCAGCACAGGUGAAGAAAAUAUCCACACAAACCUCCGCGGAGAUGCUGUAGAAGUCAAUGUUGGGUUGAGCACAAAUUCCGUGGAGCUUGAGAAGACUUUCAUCACCAUGUCAAGCCACAAAACCAUGUUCAUUGAAAACAGGAGUAACAUCGCAGCCCACUUCCAGUGGAAGGCUUUUCCUACUGAGGAAGGAGAGAUUGAAGAGAAGAGGAGGUGUUCAUUUCAGAGAAUCCCAGAACCAAUUCGGUUGUAAGAGAUCUCUGAGAUGAUUGCGUCAAGCUUUGGCCCAAACACCACCUUGUCAACCAGACCAGAGCACCGAGUGUCACGUCCAGCUGGCCCUUGAACACCUUCAGAGGUGGUGGCUCCACCACCUCCCUGGGCAGUGCCUUCCAACUUCUUUCUGUGAAGAAAUUCCUCCUGAUGUCCAACUUCACCUCCCUGGUGCAGCUUAAGCCUGUGUCCUCUUGUCCUGUCACUGGUUGUCUGUGAAGAGAGCCUGAUCCCCAUUUUACUACAGCCUCCUGUCAGGGUGCUGUAGAGAGGGACAACGUUUGCCCUGGGCCUCCUUUGCUCAAGAGGGAGCCCUCCCCAGCUCCCUUAGCUCUUGCAGCCAUUUCUCAUCAGACUAAUCUCUAGACCCUUAAUCAACUUCCGUUCUCUUCUCUGGACUUGCUCCAGCACCUCAAUGGCCUUCUUUGGAUGAUGCCAAGCGGGGUCAGAGGUCAAGCACUCCCAAAGCAAGCACAGCCUCUGUGUGUUUUCCUGUUUCUCACCCCUCCUGCUGCUCUGGGAUAAUGCAGCGCAUCUGGAUUCCUUGCCUCCAGCCCCCAUCUGAUGUGCCACAUCUGGAUUCCUUGCAUACAAUCACUGUCUAUCAGGCUUUGGCUAGCUUCCCAGCAUGCGAUUCCUAGAUAACAGGUCACUCCUGGAUUUCCUGCAUCUGAUUCUUGGAUAACAUGGCAUAUCUGGAUUCCCUACAUUCAAUUCCUGGACCAUAUGGCACAUAUACUCUCUGGCCAAGGCUGGGGCUGGACCAAGACUUUUCCCUUACAGUUUAAAUUUUUUUUUUUUUUCCUUCUGGGGAAAAUGAAGCUUUGACCUGAAUUCCUGGCUGACUCACAACAUCUCUCUUCAACCUUGGCUUUGGCUGCUCUUGGCUGGAGCCUGGCUGGAAAACAAAGAUCCUCUCUCCCCCCACCCCCUGGGCUUUGGGACCGCUGGCAGUGGACAUGCCACUCCUCGCCAAUCAGUGCUUGCAAUAAUAUUUUUGGCAGAUCUGCUGGAGGACAGGAAGGCUGCAGAGGGUGCUGGACAGGCUGGAUCCAUGGGCUGGGACCACUGGCAUGAGGUUAAACAGGACCAAGAGCCAGGUCAUACACUUUGGCCACACUAAGCCUCUGCAGCUCCCAGCUGUGGAAAGAGUGGCUGGGAAGCUGAUUGACAACAACUGAACCUGAGCCCAGGUGUGCCCAGGUGGGCAAGAAGGCCAACAGCACCAGGCCUGUAUCAGCAAUAGUGUAGCCAUCAGGACCAGGGCACUAAGAGCCUGAAUGAGGGAUGAGGGACUCCAAGCGGCUCUUCAAAAUGCAGUUUAUCGUAUCCAAGGUGUUACAGCAGCCCAGGGUCAUGGGUGACAGAGCCUGUGCCUACAGCUGUCAGCUCCAGCUGCAGGCAAGCCUGGAGACCCUUUAAUUUUGGUUACAAUGCAUUAUAUACUUUUCUUUGCUGAGCAUCUUCAUACAGAAGAACCAAUCUAAUCCUUAACUUUUACCUAUAGCCUAUCAUAACUACUCAAAUUACCAUAUUCAUGUUACUCUUCUCCAAUUGCUAAAAGUCAGUACAUUACAGUUUCAGCUAGAAGCUGUUAUUCUGUUUUCUUACAGUGGGAAAUUCUGAGAAAAAAGAAAAUUCUUUUUUCUACUUGCAACAUCUGCUGACUUGUUUGCCAGUGGUAUCUUUCUGCUUGGUAAAAACAUCUUCUAUUUGUGGUGGGUUUAUCCUUUGCUCUAAGCCAUAAAAACCCCUUCUGACUAACAUAGCCUUUGCCUUCUUAGCUAUCCAGUAAGACUGGCUCAGCAAUUCUUUUCUUCUAUAUCAAAACUUUCUUCCAGCUCUAUUCCUUCUUCAGAUUGUACAUUCAAAAAUCUUUCUGCCAGGCACACAUAUCUGUGAGACUUUCUUGUCAAACUUUCAUCCUUCCCAACACUGGGCCUUGCGAUGGCCCCUGGUGUGCAGACACGGGGGCUCUCGUGGGCUCUGUCACAGAGCCUGAAAUGUCGUGGCCAGAGAAGGAUGCUCGGUGCUCCGACCUGGCUGUCUAAAAUCCUCUGAGAGGAGUCGGUGUGGCUGGAUCCAGCCCCAGCCACAGACCUUCCCACACCGAUGAUAGUUCUGGAUAGUUAAUUACCUUAUAUACAUCAUUUAUAGAUGUAAACAGAACAUAUAAAUUAUAUACAUUUAUUACAAAUAUAUAUAUAAUAUGUGAAA